UUUCAGAUGAGCCCUCCAUGUCAGAAAUGAGCCAUUCCAAUGGGAUUUACAGCAAUCUCAACGAGGCAUCCCCCGCGCUGGGGAGACAGGCCGGGACCAACGGGAGCUUUGCCCUGGAUCCCAGCGGGCUCCCAGCCCAGGACCAGUACCACGACCUGCGCUCCAACAGCCCCUACGGGAUCCCCCAGUCUCCAGCCUCCUUGCAAGCACUGCCAGGCCACCAGCCUUUAAUCUCCAGCUUGGUUUACCCAGACAACGGCUUGGGCAUCAUGGGACAAAGCGGACAAGGGGUGCCCCAGCCCAUGAGAGUCCUGGCCGGGAACGGCCCCAGCUCCGACCUCUCCACGGGCAGCAGCGGGGGGUACCCGGAUUUCCCUGCCAGCCCAGCCUCCUGGCUGGAUGAAGUCGACCACGCUCAGUUUUGAUACAGGAUCCACCACGGUGCAGUGGGAAGGGGAAGGACCCGGUGCUGUUGAACUCUUGGAAUGCCGGAGGGAUGAGCCGUGGCUGCCGAGCGGGGCAGGAACGUGUGAGGACACGGACGUGGCUUUGGAGGGGACCCGGCCUGGUGGGCAAAGGCAGUGGCACCACAGCAAGUGGCAUCCUGAGUGUCCAAACAAACUGCUUCUCGUGUCUUUACUGAACACCAAGACUUGUGCUUUACAGAUUUGAUAUGAGGUAUUUUGCUUUCUGUUGUCAGUGCAUUCUCCAAAGCAAGGACUUGCUUCAUCGCCCACCCACACUGAGACAUUUUUAAGGGAAAAUAAAAGUCCUCAUC